GGUCACCGCGCAAGCGCAACAACUCCUGGGCGGGGCUCUGGAAGCGGUGAGGGUUUAUACUUCGAUUUUACUUAUCAGGAACCAGAACUUUGCUAAUCAGAUGGAGAAGCCAAAAAGUAACUCUGCCAAAAGAAAAGUUGAAGAGGAAUGCAAACUUUUGCCUCUUUGUCGUGCUAAACCCUCCCCAAGUUUCAUUCAUCUUCCAGCCACCAACCCAGCCACUUGUCAAAACAAUCAGUCAGCAAAGCUACAAACAGGAAUCGACAUUAAACCCCAGGAUUGCUUAGGUCUGCUUGAGUGCAUGCACGCCAACCUCCAACUUCAAACCCAACUUGCCCAACAACAGAUGGCCAUCCUAGAAGAUCUACAGGCCUCCAUGACUCUGCUGAUUCCUGGGGGGGAGGGUAAGAACCCAGUUUUACCAGCCAUACCCCCAAAUUUGCUGUUGACUCGCCAGCCUCAAAUCAGUAAAUGAACUUUGGGACCUAA